CCCGUUCCAAAGCUCCCCACUCCGCCCGCGCCAGCCCCCGUUGCUAUCACCCCGCAGACCGUUCCGCUCGCUGUUAGCACAUUUGCUAGUGGCACAUCCGUUAGUACUAUGGCGGGCGUUUCGUCCGCGCCCCCUUCGGAACCGUCCACGCCCAUCGUGCUCUAUUCGCCCACCGCAUUCGCCGCUCGGCAUCCGUCCUUCCAGCCCUCGUUCAGCUGCUUCCUCACCACCGCCGCUCUUCACUCCUCUUCCUCUUCCUCUAUUUCUUCUUCCUCCCCUUCUUUCACCUCCACCACCUCCUUCUCCUCGUUCUCCGCGCUUUCCGCUCCUGCUGACGCUGCCGAUUCCGACGACGCACCCCUUCUCCCGCUUUCUGCUGCAUCUCGCUCUGCGACCGAAGGCAACGCGCGCGCUGCCCUUCCGCCUCCUCCCCACGCAACCCUUCCGCCUCUGCCUCGCGGUUCCGCGGCCGCUGCUGUUGAACCCUUCCCGCCGACAGCCACGUCAGCACAAUCCGACGUGGCAGAUGCGACUAUAGCAUCGGAUGCUUCAUCUGCGCAUUCCGCCUUCCCUCACUCCUCCGCAAGUCGCGCCGCGUUUGACGGCGGGUUGCUCCUUCUCUGCCUCAUGCAUCACUCCUUAUGGCCUCUGACGAUUUCGCGCAAGAUUCCGAAGCGACGAGAAAGGAAGAGGCAGCGGCGAGCGAGGCAAGCGUGACCACCGCAGCUGGCGCCGCGUCUUCCGCCACAAAUGGCGCCGCAACAGCCGCCGCCAGUGGCGGUAGCUCGUUUCUCGGGAGUCUCUUCUCAUGGACGCGCGCAGAAACGACAACGCCGCCACCCAAACCCGUGUCGCUGCCGCCCACGCUAUCUCUCGCGUCGGCACAGGUAUUCACUGCGCCAGAGUUCCACUCCACGUCAUCUUACUUCACUGCCACGUCAUCAGGCGGCUCCAACCGGUCAAUCGACGGCUACGAUGCGGGAAAGGAGGACAUAUAUGGCUCGCAGAUGAAGGGGGAGGGGAAAGGGGAGGAGAAUGACGGUGAGAACAUUAACGAGGAUGACAAUAACGAGUUCGACGAGCCGCUCUAUCUGCUGGACACCAAGCACGGGGCGCGCCGAGAAGUGGGAGGUGACUAUAGCGAGCGUUCUAUCAACGACCCGAACGGCGCUGCUCUGAGCAGAGCUCUGAGCAAGCUGGCUGAAACGAACGGUGCUCCUCAGAAUGGAGGCUCUGCGGCUACAGCCGCGGCUACAGCAGCUGCUGUUACAGCUGAUUCGCACAGCAAGGCCGAGUCAGCUGCUGCGGAUGCGCCUGCUACAUCCGCGGCUACAUCCGCGGCUACAUCCGCUGCUACAGUUGGCAGUACGGGCAGCCUGAGCUUCACUAGCCGUCUGAGCCAAAUGAUUGGGUUCGGCAGUAGCGGCAGCAGCAGCAGCAGCGGUGGCGGCGGCGGCGGCGGCAGUAGCGGUGGCGGUGGAAAAGGAUACGCGUUAUUGAGUCUGGAUGAUGCUGGGGCUGUGACGUUCGAUGAAGCGAGCCCGUCCUGCUGGGCUCCCACGUCAGCAGCCACGUCAGCCGCCUUAUCUUCCACGUCACGCGGUCAGAGCAGCAGCAGAAUCAGCAGCAACAGCCUUGGCACCACCACCACCGCGACUGGGGCUGGGGCUGCUUCUAUUGCGGUAAUAGGAGGAGGUUUGGGCGGGUUUGAAGCGUCUCAGGGCACGACGGCAGUAGCAGCAGGUUUGGGCGGUUUGGAGGCAGCUAUGGAUGGGGAGGUUCUACUUGCUGCUGCUGCUCCUCCUAAUGGAUUGUCCACUCCAGCUACUCCUGUUCUUGUUGCUGCUACUGCCACAGCUGCUCCUGCUGCUCUUGCCCUUCCUGCUCUUCCUGCGUCUGCUGAUUUUGUUGAUCCAGCUGCUGUUGCUGUUGCUGGUGCUGGUGCUGGUGCUGGUGCCAGUGCUGUUGAUUCGUUGACCACUGAAAACAAGGGUAAGGCGCCCAAGUCGGCGGCUAAAGCAGCGGCUGCGGCGGCCAUUGCUGCCGCUGCUGCAGCUAAGAUCGCAGCCUUGGGGAUUGGAAAGGGGGAGGAGAAGAGUCAGGCUGAAGGGGAGGGGGAGAGAGGCGCGGAAGGAGGUUAUGGGGAAGGGGAAGGGGAAGGGGAGGAAGAGGAGGAAGAGGCGGAAAACGGUGUGGGGAGAGAGGGAGGGCGGAAGGCGUUUUGGGACGAAGGGGAGUAUGGGGGAGAGGAGGAGGGGGAGGAAGAGGUGAAUGAGAUGCUUGAGCUUCAAGAGUGGAUGGAGGCUCAAAUGCUGCGGCAAGCAGCAGGAGGGGCAGGAAGGGAAUCGGCAGCAGCAGGGGCAGGAGGAACAGGAGCAGCAGUGGCAGCAGCAGCAGCAGCAGGGGCACCAGUGAGUGUGUGUGACCCUGAGAUGGAGGCGUGGAUGCUGGCUCUGCCGCCGCUGGUGGUGAUGGCCCGCAGCGAUGAUGAGAGGGACGAGGUGAAUGGAGACGAGGAGAGAGAGUACGAGGGCGGAAGUGGAGGGGCCAGCGACAAUGGGAGUGAGUAUGAGAGCGAGAGAGAGAGUGAUAGGGAGAGUGAUAGGGUGAGUGUGAGUGGAAGUGAGAGGGGAAGCGAGAGUGGAAGUGAGAGGGGAAGUGUGAGUGAUAGGGAAAGUGAGAGUGAGAGGGAGAGUGAGUGUGGCAGUGAGGCUAGGAGCGAAAGUGGGAGUGUGUGUGGGAGCGAGAGUGGGAGUGAGUGUGGGAGCGAUAUUGGGUCAGGGAGUGAGGUAGGAGACGAUGUGAGUGUGAGGAGCGACAGUGAGAGUGAGGGUGAGAGAGAGGAGGGCGAAGGGAGUGAGUGUGGGAGUGAGAGGGAAGUGGACAGCAGCGGUGAAUGCUGCACCGAUGAGGGGAGUGGGAUGGGAGGAGAGGCCCAAUUUGGGGAGAGAAUCAAUGAGGCUGUAGAUGUGGUAGGGAGUGCUGACCUGGCAGAUGAUGCUGACAGUGUUGACGUGGCAGACGGUGCUGUCGUGGCUGAUGAUGCUGAUGUGGCAGACGGGGCUGUCGUGGCUGAUGAUGCUGAUGUGGCAGAAGGUACGGAUGUGGCAGAAGGUGCUGAUGUGGCAGGUGCUGAUGUGGCAGAAGGCCCUGAAGAAGGCGACGGACUGACAGUGGCUGUCAGCUGUGGAGCAGGGGGAGAGGAGGGAAAUGAGGAGAAGCAGGGAAUGCAGGCAAGUGGAGAGGAAGGGGAGGAGAGAGAGGAGCGAGACGAGGCCAGAGAGACAGUGGAUGGUGCAGAGAUGGUGGGAGAGGAGAGGGAAGAGAGUGUGGAGGAGAGCGCAGAAGAAGAGAGGGAGGAAGAAGUGGAGCGAGUGGAGCAAGAGGAGGAAGAGGAGGAAGGAGUGAUUUACGAGUAUGGUGAGGAGGGAGGUGAGGGUGAGGAUGUAGAAGAUGGUUCGGAUAGUGGGUCCCACAUAAUGAGACCAUCGGAGGAAAACGAGGAAUGCAAUAACGAGGAUGAGGGGGGUGAGGAGGGGAGUGUGGAAGGUGAUGAUGGGGGAGGUGAGGAAGAGAGUGAGGGAGAGGAGGAGGUGGGUGGAGAGGAGGGUGAGCAGGAGGAAGAGAAGGAAGAGGAAGAGGGAGAGGUGAAGGAAGAAGGAACUGCAAGUGGCAAGACAGUGGCUGAAGAGUCUGGGUUUAGGGAGGAGGAAGUGGCAGAGGAGGGUGACAUGGAGGAGGAAGAAGAGGGCUCAGAGGAUGGGGAGUGGGAGGAAGUGGGGUCAGAGGAAGGGUCAUGGGAAGGGUCAGAUGAACUUUCAGGGGAUCUCUCAGAGGAAGGCUCACUUGAAACGGCCAGCUCAGGGACAGCAGGGGAGGAACUCAGUGCCGCUGGUGCCCCAAUCAAUGCCCCUUGCCAGCAGCACAAGGUGGGGAGGCGAAGGCGGAAGAAGGUCCCCAAGGCAGGGGUGUCGUUUGGGAAGUUCAUCCCCCCAGAGCUGAGCGAGCUGGAGUCCCAUGAGAUGGAGCAGGAGAAAGAGGAGGGGGAGGGGCGCAAGGAGGGAGAGCAGUAGCAGCGGGUAGAGCACAUGGCGUGAAUUCAUUCCACCAGAGGUGAGUGAGCUGGAGUCACACGAGCUGGAGCAGGAGAAAGAGGAGGGGAAGGGAGCAAGUACGGCGAGCAGCAGCAUAAGGGAGAGCACAUGGCAUGAAUUUAUCCCCCUUGAGCUGAGUGAGCUGGAGUCUCAUGAGACCUGUAGCUGGGUGCAAAGCUGUGUAGCCUAGAAGAGCUCAUUGUUUUUGUUUGCUUGCAUGUUUAGUAUAGAGUUGCCAAUCUUUUUCUUAUUUUCAAUAGCUUGUUUAAAAAAAUGUCUGUUGUCAC